GUCCCGUGGCACCCGGCACGGCCGAGGACGACACGGAGGGCCGGCGGCGAGGGCCAUGGACAACCACAGCCUGGACGAGUUCCGCCGGCGCUGGCAGGAGGAGCUGGCGCAGGCCCAGGCGCUGAGGAAGCGGCGGCGGCCCGAGGCUGCCGAGCGGCGGGCACGGCGGCCCGAGGUGGCCCCCGGGCGCGGCGAGCAGGCCUCGGGGUACCUGGCGCUGGCGCAGGGCCUUCUGGAGGGCGCGAGCCGGCCCCCGGCGGCGCGGGCGACCAGGGCCGAGAGGCAGGACGCGGCGAGCCGUUCCCGCUCCCCGCCAGCCCGUGACGGGGCCGGGGGCGCGGAGCAGCUGGUGGACCAGCUCAUCCGAGACCUGAAUGAAAUGGACGAUGUGCCCUUCUUUGAUAUCCAACUGCCUUAUGAAUUGGCAAUCAAUAUAUUUCAGUAUCUGGACAGGAAAGACCUGGGAAGGUGUGCACAGGUGAGCAAGACGUGGAAGGUGAUUGCAGAAGAUGAAGUGCUCUGGUACCGGCUGUGCCAGCAGGAAGGGCACCUUCCCGAGAGCAGCAUCUCCGAUUAUUCUUGCUGGAAGCUCAUCUUCCAGGAGUGCCGAGCCAAGGAGCACAUGUUAAGAACCAACUGGAAGAAUCGCAAGGGAGCCGUGAGUGAGCUGGAACACAUUCCUGAUGCUGUUUUAUGUGACGUGCACUCUCACGACGGUGUGGUCAUUGCUGGAUACACAUCAGGGGACGUGAGGGUGUGGGACACCCGCACCUGGGACUACGUAGCCCCCUUCCUGGACUCCGAGUAUGAGGAGGACGAGCCUGGAAUGCAGCCAUAUGUCUCCUUUGUGAGGAUAAACAGCUCGCUGGCAGUAGCAGCUUAUGAGGAUGGAUUUCUUAAUAUUUGGGAUCUAAGGACUGGAAAGUAUCCUAUCCACCGCUUUGAGCACGAUGCAAGAAUCCAGGCACUAGCCCUCAGCCAGGAAGAUGCCACUGUUGCCACGGCUUCUGCUUUCGAUGUUGUGAUGCUGUAUCCCAAUGAGGAAGGAUAUUGGCAAAUAGCUGCGGAAUUCGAAGUUCAGAAACUGGUUGACUACCUUGAGAUAGUUCCAGAUACCGAAAGGUACCCUGUGGCAGUGGCCACCGCUGGAGAUCUGGUGUACCUGCUGAAGGCUGACGACUCUGCCAGAACCCUCCACCACGUCUACGGGCAGCCCGUCACCUGUCUGGAUGUCUCGGCCAACCAGGCUGCUUUUGGAGUGAAGAGUCUAGGAUGGGUGCACGAAGGAAACAAGAUCCUGGUCUACAGCCUGGAAGCAGAACGAUGCAUCUCGAAGCUGGGCAACGCGCUUGGCGACUUCACCUGCGUCAACCUCAGGGACAGCCCUCCCAACCUCAUGGUCAGCGGCAACAUGGACAGGAGGGUGAGGAUCCAUGACCUCCGCACCAACAAGAUCGCCCUCUCGCUCUCUGCACACCAGCUUGGCGUCUCCGCAGUGCAGAUGGACGACUGGAAAGUUGUCAGUGGAGGCGAGGAGGGCCUGGUCUCCGUGUGGGACUAUCGGAUGAACCAGAAGCUGUGGGAGGUGCAUUCCAGACACCCCGUCCGCCACCUCUCCUUCACCAGCCACAGCCUCAUCACGGCCAACGUGCCCUGCGAGCGGGUGGUGCGCAGUGCCGAUCCGGACAGCUUGGCCACGCACAGGAGGCACCGGGGGCUGGUCCACGCCUACGAGUUCGCAGUGGACCGGCUGGCCUUGCAGAGUGCUCUUCCCGCCUGCCGCCCGUCCUGCGACACCACGGCGGGGAACAGCUAUGACCUCGCGCUCGCCUUCCCCUACGACAGCACUUAGGGGACAAUGAGAAAUGGAAGAACAACAGAGGACCUCUGCUCCGGGUUUCAAAGAUAUUUUCUACAUAAUCACUGAAUAGACAGCAUCCUCCAAGUGGGACGGAUGGUGAUUCUACACGGGAGGAACCGUCAUGUCAAACCACUAAGAUAAAGCCACGGCGAGAGAACUGUUCCGUUUGACAAACAGCUUCCACUUCCAGAGGGUGAAGUGGCAAACCAUUGCCUUACUCUUGGUUUACAGUGUUGGCGGCAGCCACCUGCUAGACCUUCAGGACAUCCCAGUAACACGGACACAACUACAGAGAAGCAAGACCAUGCUCGAGGGAGUUAGCAACAGAUCACAGCAGCAAAACCACUUAAGCACAGGAUGUACUUAGCUAAUAUACAAGUUGACCCAAUAGAUACAUAUGCCAUUUGUACCUUCCCACAUACCCGUAGACUGUCACAGAAAGUGACGGACACCAAGAAAGAUACCAGGCCGGCCUUCCUCAGUCACCCUGAACCCUAAAUGCAAUAAAACUGGCAACCAACAAAAAGCUAAAGAACCAAAACAUCUGCAGGUUCCAAACACUCCGACUUAACUUGGUUUUGAAGAAGGAAAUUCAGAACGACCUGAGUGACCAUGAACGUACCAUAUCCAGCCCCGGGGAGGCUCACCUCCGCAUGCUUAGACCAGCGGGGUGGCCACGCCAGUGGAGCUUGCACACGAGCGUGUGGAAUGGGCCCAGCCCUGCGGGCCAUCAGAGUCCCAGCACCUUUGAUGGUGAAGGUUCCGAUUGCUUAAGGUCGUCCUUAAAGUCCCACGUCCACUGGGAGGCCAGUGGAGCCGUGACUGGGAACUGUCACUUCUCCGCCAGCCUGCCCUCCGGGAUCGGGAGGCGGCAUUGUCAGAUGGCUCUGCCUCCUUCAGCCCCACGAGCUCAGGAGUGAAGCCGCUGCAGUUAGCAAAGGAGGGAUUUCCUCACUGUCACUCGGGGUUCUGACCCCUCGCUUCUGUAAGGUGUUCAUCUCUGUCUUAAUGCCACUGGACCACUGGGUAACAUUUUUCCUUUUAAGGAACAGUUCUGCUCAGUCUGAUCUCCCAGUUCAUUCCUCCGUACUAGCUUUGCAGCAAUUUUACAUAAUUGAACAGUUUAAAGAAAUCAGGCCCAGACAAUUACACCAAAAUUAAAAAGUUUUAAACUACUGUUAUUCACUGCAACAGCUGGUCCAGUGUAAAAUGUUACAAGCACAGGUUCCCCUCCCCCCCAUUCCUGAAAGUGUCUGGGUUUUGCAAAGAAGCGUUUGUCACCCAAACCGUCAUCUCUCAGCACGCCCACCUCAGUGUUUUCCGCUGUAAACUAUACCCCGGAGCCACGGACCGGGUGGGGCAAGGGUCAGAGUCCCUUUAUAAACCGCUAUUUGCCCAGCAGCAGAGAAAGGCAUGGCCAUGUCCACCCCUCUGCUCACCCCCGGGGCUGUUCCUCCCCGUGGGCUGUUUUCAGGGAGCUGCUCCCCGUUCUGAGCUGGUUGUGGAUCUGACCUCUGCUUCCCAAGCUCUUCCCUGCUGUCUCCCCGCAGAAGAGGGGACUGGGAUGUGCUGCAGGGACCAAGGGCCAGACUCCAGGCUCUGUGUCUUUCUCAAAAUGUAUGACUGCUUUCUGCUUCAUUACUAUGUCUAUGUUGGUUCUAAUAUUAAAUUUCGAAAAUGUU